UUAUUCAAAAACAUUACUUAUUCAAAAUUUGAAAUAGGUGCAAUGAGGAUAAUAUAAUUUCUAUUAUUAUUAGUGACUUUGUCACAAAUCGUAUCAAAUUCAUAGCAUCCCGUGCCCGUACACAUCAAGAUGGGUAAAAAGAGUAAAAUUGGAAAACAGCGUAAAGAUAAGUUCUACCAUUUAGCUAAGGAAACCGGAUUCAGAUCUCGUGCUGCUUUCAAAUUACUCCAGCUGAACAGAAAGUUUGAGUUCCUGCAGAAAGCCCGCGUUCUUAUUGAUCUUUGCGCUGCUCCGGGAGGAUGGAUGCAAGUGGCCAAACAGAAUAUGCCGGUGUCCAGCAUCGUCGUUGGUAUCGAUUUGUAUCCAAUAAAGCCCGUGCCUGGUUGUAUAUGUUUAACGGAAGACAUUACAACUCCACAAUGUCAGUCGGCUCUCAGCAAAGAACUUCAAACUUACAAAGCGGACGUUGUGCUGAAUGACGGAGCUCCCAAUGUUGGUCAAAAUUGGAUUUACGAUGCUUAUUCUCAAUCUUGUCUCACCUUAAGUGCAUUAAAGUUGUGUUGUCAUAAUCUUAGAGAAGGAGGAUGGUUUAUUACUAAAGUUUUCCGAUCCAAAGAUUAUAAUGCCCUCAUGUGGGUUUUUAAACAACUUUUCAGAAAAGUACAUGCUACCAAACCUCAAGCAUCACGUAGCGAGUCUGCUGAAAUAUUUGUUGUUUGCCAAUAUUAUUUGAAGCCAUCUAAACUAGAUGAGCGUUUCUUUAAUGCAAGCUAUGUUUUCAAAGAUUUAGAAGUUAAUCCACAAGUAAGAUUAGAUUCUGAAAGCAAAACUCAAAAGAAGCCAAAAGCUGAAGGUUAUCCUGAUAACGCGACUAUACUAUUUAAACAAUUACCUGUUUCUACUUAUAUGCAAUCUAAAAAUCCAGCCAUAGCAUUACAAGAUGCAUAUGAAAUUGUUUUAGAUGAUCCAAUUAUAGCAAACCACCCUAGUACAACAAAUGAAAUUAAAGAAUGUUGCAAAGAUAUUAAAGUUUUAGGCCGUAAAGAUAUAAGAUCGAUUAUGAAUUGGUGGAAGGUGUUCCAAGAUAAAGAAGAAAAGGUUGAACCUUUGGAAGCUGAUGAUGAAAACAAGGAAAAUGAUGUUGAACUUUCAGAAGAUGAAAGAGAAUUGGAUGAAGUUGAUAAAGAAAUCAAAGAGUUACAGGACGAGGAAAGAAGAGAAUUAAAACGCAAGAAGAAGAAGACCAACAAAGAAAGAACAAAGUUACAAACUAAAAUGAAUUUAAAAAUGGUACAUAAAAAUGAUUUGGGACCAACUGAAGAACGCGAAACUGGUGUAUUUCAACUGUCUAACAUAAAAACAAAAAAAGCUUUAGAUACUGUAGUUGAUCAAGAACCAGAUAUAAUUGAUUCUGAGGAUUCUGAUGUUGAAAUUAAGCCUAAAAAAGCGAAAUAUGAUCCAAACAAUACAUACCUUGACAAAUCUGGAAUGUUUUACCGUUCAGAUGAAAGUGCAUCAGAACAAGAAUCAUCAGAUGAAGUCGAUAGUGAUACUGAAGGAUUAGGUUUUACAGAUAAAAACCUAUCAUCAAAAGCAUUACCUAAAAAAAAAGUAACUUUUGCUGAUCCAAACGAAAACCAUCCUCUGAUAACUGAUCUUGACUAUCGAGAUGUUAAGGACAAACGUACUUCUAAAGCUGAACUUUGGUUUGACAAAGAUGUGUUUAAAGAUGUAGAAAGAGAAGAAGAUGAAGAUUACGAGUUAGAAAAAAUGGCUGCUGUAAUUAAAUCUAAAGGUGGCAAAAUGUAUAGAGAGAAUUUAGAUGAUGACGAUGAUGAUGAUGAUGAUAACGAAAAAGUUAGUUUACAAAAGUCCAAAAAAAAUAUAAAAGUGAACCAGAAAGAUGAUGCUGAUGAUGAUGAAACUACUGACUCUGAUAGUGAAUCUGAAAUCAGUGAAGCUGAAGAUCAUAGUGCUGCAAUACCCAUAAAUGAAUGGGAUGAUAAACCUGUGCUUACACCAGCUGGUAAGAAAAAGAAGAAGAGGAAUGCUAGAAUGUUGGAUGAUGACGGUCUUGCUUUGGGUACAAUGAUGGCUUCGUCGAAAAAAAUGAAAAGAGACAUUAUUGAUGGUGCCUGGAAUAGAUUUGCAUUCAAUGAUGAAGAUCUGCCUGAUUGGUUUGUAGAUGAUGAAGCAAAACACAUGCGCAAACAUGUGCCUGUACCUAAGGAACUGGUGGACGAAUUUGGCAAAAGACAUGAAGAUAUAAAUAUAAGACCUAUUAAAAAAGUUGGUGAGGCUAAGGCUAGAAAGAAGAAGCGUGCUCUACGUCAAAUGGAAAAGGCAAAGAAGAAGUUGGAAGGUGUUGUGGAAAAUUCUGAUGUUACAGAAGCUGAAAAAGCUCGACAAGUCAGACAGAUUUACAAAAAAUUGAAACAAUCUAAGCAAGAAAUUAAAUAUGUUGUAUCCAAAAAACACACAGCUGCCAAGAGAGCGAAACGUCCAGCUGGCGUGAAAGGACCAUACAAAGUAGUGGACCCAAGAAUGAAAAAAGAUAUGCGUGCUAAAAUGCGUAUGGAUAAAAAGAAAUCAAAUAAAAAAGGUGCUAGAGCUAAGCCGUUGGUCAAAACAAGAAGGGGUCACAAAUAAAAUGUGUAAUAAAAAAAAAUUAGUUUUAUUAUAUUACAAUUAUUUUCACUGUGACUUUAA